UCAGGGCCUUAGCCAAUCUGGAGGCGAAAGUGACGGCUGGUUAGUAGCCACUAGCGGCUGCUGCGAAGCUGAAGCCUGAGUAAACUGUUCCGGAGCCGCUCGUCCGUCCUUUCUCAGGUGUCACCGAGAGCUCAGCAGCAAGGCAGAACUGUGAAGAAUGGAAGCUAAUGCAUCUGUUGACAUGUUUUCAGAAGUCCUGGAAAAUCAGUUACUUCAGGCUACCAAACUAGUGGAAGAACAUUUGGAUGCUGAAAUUCAGAAACUGGAUCAGAUUGAUGAGGAUGAAUUGGAACACCUUAAAGAAAAGAGACUUGAGGCACUAAGGAAAGCUCAGCAGCAGAAACAAGAAUGGCUUGCGAAAGGACAUGGGGAAUACAGAGAAAUCCCUAGCGAAAGAGACUUUUUUCAAGAAGUCAAAGAGAGUAAAAAAGUGGUUUGCCAUUUCUACAGAGACUCCACAUUCAGGUGUAAAAUAUUAGACAGACAUUUGGUGAUACUGUCCAAGAAACAUCUGGAGACCAAAUUUUUGAAGCUGAAUGUGGAAAAGGCACCUUUCCUUUGUGAGAGACUAAGGAUCAAAGUCAUUCCCACACUAGCACUUGUAAAAGAUGGAAAAACACAAGAUUACGUCGUUGGAUUUACUGACCUAGGAAAUACAGAUGACUUUACCACAGAAACAUUAGAAUGGAGGCUUGGUUGUUCUGAUAUUCUUAAUUACAGUGGAAAUUUAAUGGAGCCACCAUUUCAGAGCCAAAAGAAAUUUGGAACAAACUUCACAAAGCUGGAAAAGAAAACAAUCCGAGGAAAGAAAUAUGAUUCGGACUCUGAUGAUGAUUAGAGAGCAGUUAUAAUUGUUUGUAAAUUGUCUUUAUUUCUGCUUACUUUAGAAUUAGAUGUGUUUUAUAAAUUCUGUUGAUUUUGAUACAUUGGUCAUCUAAUGGUCAUAUUCUAGUUUUAUACAGUUGCAUCACAUUGAAAGACAUCUUUAAUAUUUUCUUGUGGAGCUCAUUUAAGUUGUGGAAAACUGCUAAGUUCUUAAAUUAUCUGGGUAGGGCCUGGAUUCUCUUAUUUUUAUGAUUGAUUUUAUCACUGGAUUGGAAAUAGAAAUUCAAUGAACUAUUUCAGAACUACUACUCACGCAUUAUUUACUUUAUACCACAGGUCAAGUAACAUUUACUGGUGUAACACACUGCACUUCUAAAUGAUAAAAACUCUUGACUUCUGGAAUAUAUUUACAUAACUAUUAAAG